CGCGGCCGGUCUCCGGGUGAAAGUCACUUUGAGGGAAGAGCCUUGAGUGCCGCUGCUGCCGUUGCUGAGAGAAGAGAACAUGUCUGAAAGCAUAAAGGAAAAGCUGGAAAAUUACAAAACGGCUCCGUUUGACAGUCGGUUCCCCAAUCAAAACCAAACCCGGAACUGCUGGCAGAAUUAUAUUGAUUUCCACCGCUGUGAGAAAGCCAUGAAAGCCAAGGGAGGAGACCCUUAUGUCUGCCAGUGGUACAAAAGAGUGUACACGUCCCUUUGCCCCGUUUCUUGGCUGGGAUGAACGCAUAGAAGAGGGGACUUUUCCUGGCAAGAUCUGAUUGUCUUGCCCCUGCCAGUUGCUCCCUUUCUCAUGACAAUGCUGUGCUGCUGAGGUCCCCCACACCAAAAUGCAGUGACUGAAGGAUAGUCUGAAAUAAUGCUUUUUCUUGGUCAUGCUGACUUGAGCGUCCAACGUCAUGUGAC